AUGACCACAGCCACGCCUUUGCGGGGUACUACCUUCUUCUCCUUGAACGUGACCACCAGAGAAGAAGACUUCCUGUACAAGAGUUCUGGAGCCAUUGUUGCGGCCAUUGUGGUAGUUGUCAUCAUCAUCUUCACCGUGGUUCUGAUCCUGCUGAAGAUAUACAACAGGAAAAUGAGGACCAGGCGGGAGCUGGAGCCCAAGGGGCCCAAGCCAGCCUCGCCUUCUGCCUUGGGUCCGAACAACAACAGCAGUCAACACCCUGCAACCGUGACCUUCAGCCCCGUUGACGUCCACGUGGAGACUCGGUGACCACCCCCCCCCCAACCUUGGUGCUAUCUUGGCCACCAUCCAAAGAGCCUUCUCCAGUCAAGACCCAGAAGCACAUAUCUCCUCUGGCAGCUUCACUAUGAGUUCCUUCCGGUUGGGUCGACAAGGGGCAUCUCAUGCAAGUCUGGAUGCUUCAGUCAACCCCCAACCCUGCCCUGCCCCGCCCCACCCUAGCCAUGUCCAUGUCCCUGCUGCCACCCUUCCAAAAAGCUGUGGGACGUUGUUUGUGCUCUGAUGAGGUAGAGCUAUGCCGGCGAUCUACUGA